AUUUCCCUUUUCUGCGGCUUUCUGAAGGCAACCUCCCCUCACUUUGGUGGGCACAGCGCAGAAGAUGUUCAAGAACUUUGCAGAGAUUGGCGAGACGACCCCUCAGCAGCACCCAUCAGGAUAUCGCGGUUGUCCGGUCCAAAGGUGAAAGAAGAAGCAUUAAAAACCAAGCCUCUUGGGCCCCCUCGGCUUCUUCUGUGGACAAGGUCCAGUCUCGCUCAGAGAUUCCCUCUCGGACUUGAGCUGCAGGAUGAGCCCACUGUCGGCCGCCUGGUGGAUCCACGGACUCAUUUGCCUCUGCCUCCGCCUCUCGGAUGCUUCCUUGGAGGAAGAAAAGGAUCCAGAGUAUUGGAACACAAAAGCCAGGCAGAAACUGGAAACAGCGCUCAACUUGACCCCGAUGAAUCACCGAGCAAAGAACGUCAUUCUCUUUCUGGGCGAUGGCAUGGGGGUGCCCACCAUCACAGCUGCCCGGAUCUACCAAGGCCAACUGGCUGGAGGCUCCGGGGAAGAGAAUGUCCUGGCUAUGGAGAAAUUCCCUUAUGUCGCCCUGUCCAAGACAUACAACGUCAACCGGCAGGUGCCGGACAGCGCCGGGACUGGGACGGCCUACUUGUGCGGGGUGAAGGCCAACGCGAAAACCUUGGGUCUGAGCGCGGCCGCCGUGUACGGCAAGUGCAACACCAGCUUUGGCAACGAGGUUUAUUCUGUCCUGCAUCGGGCCAAAUUAUCAGGCAAGUCGGUGGGGAUCGUGACCACUACCCGCGUUCAGCACGCUUCUCCAGCAGCCUCGUAUGCACAUUCGGUCAGCCAGGAAUGGUACAGUGACACAGAUAUGCCCAAAGAUGACAUCCGGGAGGGGUGCAAGGACAUUGCCUACCAGCUGGUGCACAACACGGACAUUAACGUGAUUCUGGGAGGGGGUCGGAUCUACAUGACGCCUCGGAGGACGCCUGACCCAGAACAUCCGGACGAGCCUAAAUACAACGGGACCAGGAAGGAUGGCUUGAACCUCAUCGAAAAAUGGCUGAGUGGCAAGGAGGGAGCCCAGUACGUCUGGAACAAAACCGCCCUGGAUGCCGUGAAUGAAAACACCACCAACUACCUCAUGGGCCUCUUUGCGCCAAAGGACAUGACGUACGAGCUGGACCGUAACAAUGAGACGGAUCCCUCUAUUGUGGAGAUGACCGAGAAGGCCAUCCGAAUUCUCCGUAGGAACCCCAGAGGCUUCUUCCUCUUUGUGGAAGGAGGUCGGAUCGACCACGGCCACCACAACGGCAAAGCCAAACAAGCCCUCUCCGAAGCGGUGAUGAUGGAUCGGGCCGUGGAGAAGGCCACGGAGCUGACCCGUGCCUCAGAGACCCUGACGGUGGUCACAGCCGACCACUCGCACGUUUUCACCUUCGGAGGCAGCACGCCGCGUGGGAACAAUAUCUUUGGCUUGGCACCCAAAAGGGCCAUGGACAAACGAUCAUACACCAGCAUCCUCUACGGGAACGGACCUGGCUAUACUCUGAAGAACGGCAGCCGCCCAGAUGCCGGUUCUGUGGCUUUUGAUGACAAGGAAUACCAGCAGCAGGCAGCAGUGCCUCUCAGCUUGGAGACCCACGGUGGAGAGGACGUUGCCAUCAUGGCCCAGGGACCCAUGGCCCAUCUCUUCCACGGCAUCCAGGAACAGAACUACAUCGCCCACGUCAUGGCCUAUGCAGGCUGCAUUAAGCCCUACGACGCAGAACCGGAAUGUCUCGCAUUUGGCAGCGACAGGUCACGUGCCAGCCGCUCUCGACACUGCCUGGCCUCUCUCUUGGUGCUCUGGAUGGGCCUUUUGUUGCUGUUCACAUGACUGAGACGCUCACGUCUCUGCCCACCUGCCUAGAUAUAAAAGAACAUUUCAUUUUCAAACUGUCUUUUCCCAACACCGCCGGUGAGUCUGCAAGACGGAUGCUGGACAUUCCCAAAGGGGUCGACCGAUUGUCAGAACUCAAGCUGCUGAGGAUUCUGGGAGUGGUGGUCCGAAAACGGAACUUCUCCCUGCUCUGCCAAAGAGACUGCUCACUCUGUGUUUUUUUUUAAUAUACUGUAUAUAUAAAACCAGCAUUGCCUAGCUUCCAUGUAUGACUCUAUUUAUGUGUGUGAUCGUUACCUGCCUUUCUCUCGCCGCCACCCCCAGCUUGAGCAAAUAAACAAUGAAACCGUUGUUAGCACCCAAUUUUAGGUUUCAAUUCUCCGGCAGGGAAUAACAGAUAAAAGACAGUGCAUAUUCAGUCUAUGUAAGCCAAUUUAUUAAACAUAGAACUGGACCCCGUCCUAAAGGCGGAUCGGAGUCCCAUCAUGCAUGUGGUACAGCAUUUUAUGCAAAGGACAAUAAAGCAUAGCAUCCCCUUAUUGGUCUUCUGAACUCUAUGGACGAGCCCCCAGGGUCAUCCUAUUGGCUGUGGUA